ACGGGUGAGCGCGCGCCAAGAGAGACAGCGCGACCACAGCCACAAGUUUAUCAGUGUAAGAUUCACAAAGUCCGAGUAUUCGGACCGCGAGUAGUAUUUUGUUAUGCGUAAAAGUUAUUUUCUUACUGUAGCCUAUGCUCCGAGAAUGCGCCAGGGUGUAUGAGAAUGUUCUUUUAACAAUCGUAUAAGCGCAAAUGUUGUUCACUAUCUCUAUCUCACUCAUUCACUCUCCACCUCUCCCCAGCCCAUCACUCCACCUCUCCUCAGCCCAUUACUCUCCACCUCUACCCAGCCCAUUACUCUCCACCUCUCCUCAACCCAUCACUCUCCACCUCUCCUGAGCCCAUCACUCUCCACCUCUCAUCAGCCCAUCACUCUCCAACUCUCCCCAGCCCAAUGCUCACACCCUGGCUGAACAAGCGCUUACUCUCUAGCCGCCAGUGAAGGCUCGAGGGUCGUCGGAUUCCUGUGAACGAAAGGAUGCGGUGCCGAAAGUCUUUUGGACAAGGUUCGGUUGGGAUCUAUCUAUGCAUGGCGGUCCUUUUCAAAGGGUCCCUACAGGGGGAGCACCAGCGCAGACUGUACAAGGAGCUGAUGGCCAACUACAAUCGUCUGGAGAGACCAGUGAUCAACGACUCCUCUCCUCUUCUGGUGGAGCUGGGAAUGACUCUGCUGCAGAUCAUAGAUGUGGAUGAGAAGAACCAGGUCCUGAUGACCAAUGCAUGGCUACAGCUGUACUGGACUGAUGUGUACCUGAGCUGGAACCCAGAGAAAUACCCUGGGGUUCAGAACCUACGUUUCCCCUCCAGCCAGAUCUGGACCCCUGACAUCCUCCUCUACAACAGUGCUGAUGAAAGGUUUGAUGCUACCUUCCACACUAACGUGCUGGUGAAUGCGUCCGGUUACUGCCAGUACAUACCGCCGGGCAUCCUGAAGAGUACCUGCUACAUUGACGUGCGCUGGUUCCCCUUUGACGUCCAGAAGUGUGACCUGAAGUUUGGCUCUUGGACCCACAACGGCUGGCUGCUGGACCUCCAGAUGCUGGACGUGGACACGUCCACCUACAUACCCAACGGGGAGUGGGACCUCGUGGGAGUCCCGGCCAAGCGUAAUGAGCUGUACUAUGACUGCUGUAAGGAGCCCUACCCUGACGUCACCUUCACGGUCACCAUGCGAAGACGAACCCUCUACUACGGUCUCAACCUUCUCAUCCCCUGCGUACUCAUCUCUGGCCUGGCCCUGCUGGUCUUCCUGCUGCCCGCCGACUCAGGAGAGAAGAUCUCCCUGGGUAUCACAGUCCUGCUCUCUCUAACAGUCUUCAUGCUACUGGUUGCUGAGAUCAUGCCUGCCACCUCAGACUCUGUGCCUCUCAUCGCUCAGUACUUUGCCAGCACCAUGAUGAUAGUGGGUCUGUCUGUAGUGGUGACUGUUCUGGUCCUGCAGUUUCAUCACCACGACCCUCAGGGCGGAAAAAUGCCCAGAUGGGUCAGGGUAGUGCUUUUGAACUGGUGUGCUUGGUUCCUGCGUAUGAAACAGCCAGGCGAGGAGCGUAAACCGGCAGGCUACAAGUACCGCCACACUCCACAGCACCACUCCAGCGCCAGCUCCAUCGAGAUGGGACCCAUGGGCACCAUUGCGGGCCUCACCACGCCCCUCUCCCAGGCCCCCUGCGCCACAUGCCCCACCGGCACCUCCAACGGCAGCAUGAGCCUCUACUUUAGCUACCAUGCCGUGGAGAGCCCCCGUUGCCCCCCCUCCAGUGAUUCAGGCGUGGCGUUGGGGGGGCGGGCCCAAGGGACCCCCUGCGAGGAGGCUGAGCCCCCAGGGGGAGGUGCUGGAGGAGGAGGAAGGGGGUUGAUCUUUACUCCUCCUCCGGAGGUCCUUCAGAUCCUGGAGGAGGUGUCGUAUAUUGCCCAGCGCUUCAGGGACCAGGAUGAGGAAGUGGCGAUCUGCAGCGAGUGGAAGUUUGCUGCUGCCGUGGUGGACAGACUGUGUCUGGUGGCCUUCACUCUCUUCUCCAUCGUUGGCACCUUCACCAUUCUCAUGUCUGCUCCCAACUUCUUAGAGGCCGUCACCAAGGACUAUUUAAAGAAAUAGUGUCAAUAUGUUCAACCAUAUAUGCCAGCUUCCCGGACACAGAUUAAGCCUAGGCCCAGACUAAGAACCACUGAGCAUGCUUUUUAGUACACGACUAGACUUUCUCUGUGUAUGGGAAACCAACCUUAUGUUCUAUCCAGAUUACUCUGGAGUAUAUUUGAGAAAAAUGGAUUUAAUGUAAAAUAGAUGAAUACUGUACAUGUAUCAAUGCAAGGGUUGUCUAUAGUCCCUUUCCUCUCCUUAGAUCCAAUUUAACUGAGGUUGUUCCUGUGUGUUGCCUUGCCAUCCAGAUAUCUCAUUACAAUAUCAACUCGCCGUUUGAACUUUGGAUUCCUGGACCUCCAAUCCAUGACCUUUAGAACUUUGAACUGUCUUGGACGUUCUGGACUGUUGUCAGCAUUAUGUAGUGUGGUUAAGGUACCUGUCUAUUUACAGAGAUGUUUCACUGUGACUUUAUGAGCUGCUUAUUGUUGUCUUUUUGACUGUUUUACUUUCACUAUAUUGUAAGUCUGUAUGUACACACCGUUUACUUUUUGCUUGCCGAAGCUAAAUGGCAUCGAACUCUGUCACGGGUGUAGAAGUGAUAUGUUCUCUUGGUCCCAGUUGACAUUGUUGCCACGGUAGUAACUGAUUGACGUUGACUGUGCCACUGUGAAAACCUGGAGUGAUUCAUAGACAGGAUAGUGGCAUCAUCAUGUAUGACUCACCUGCACAUUAGAGGAGGAAUCAGCCUGCAACAACCUGAAACAACAAGAGCUAUUGAAACAAGUAACUGGACAAGUGGAUACUGGAGAACUGCACUGGCUGCUAGCCUGAAACAACUCCUGCUGAGACUGGGCCUGUGCUAAUAUGUACACGUAAUCCCACUAUAUAUUGGAGAACUACUAUAGAUCCGUUAUUGAUCCAUUAUCCAUCUAGUACUAUCAGUAGGUGUAAUCGGUUUAUAUGACAUAAAUGUAUCUGUGCUGCAUAUAGGGGAAUGGAUAUGGGGGUGGUACAGUAACAUGGAGGAGCUAUGUGUCUGUCUGUGGUGAUAUCUAACAUAAAUGUAAAGGUUACAUGGAGACCACAACAACCCCAGGGAGGUUAUUAUGACUAAAGAUCAAGAUAUUAUUCUAUUGAUAUUGAUUGAAACAUAAUGUGGUUUACAAAUGAGACAUAAAGACCAUGGUAUAUGGAAUCCCUCAGGCCAGACAGUCAAUACUGUAAGUAACUGAACUAAACUGCCUGUCAUGUUAGAGAGUUAGUCUGUGCAUCUAUGUUUUUCUUUGAAUGAUCAUUAUUACUGUAUACUGAACAUACCACCCCCCCCCCUCCCACCCCACAGUCAGAGUCCUCCUCUGUUGUAGCUGUUGUUGUCACACUGCUGUCCUCUUCUUCCUGUGAUUUUCUUUGCUCUUACCUAAUAAAUAUCCCAUAUAGCCUAA